AAGAUCUGUAUUAUUUAUAAAUUAUAUUGGAAUUAUUAGAUCUACUAGAGUUUGAAUCUAGAUCUAUAUUGACUAUAUUAUAUUUAGAUCUAGAAUGUAAAAGUACAAUCUAUAUAUAUAAUUCUGUUCUUCGCUCAACAGUUUGGACAAGAAGAAGAAUUAAAGGAAAGAUCACUCUCUUAUUUCUGUGGAUAGUCACCCCACGAAAAAACAAGGGGGGGGGGGGGGGAAGAACAUGUGGUAUUGACACGUCGUUACGGAUGGCUGCCUGGUCGUGAGGUUUGCCCCCUGGACUGUCAAACCCAGGUUUGGACUAGGAAGUAAACUAUCUUCAACUCUGAAGGAACAUCCGAAACAUUUUACAGACAAACAUUUUAGAAACACUACAUAGCAGCUCUGGACUUAACCAUUUUGACCAAGAAGUCAUGGAAAGAGAACAAGUAAUCUACUAUGUAUAUUUACAGGUCACUACAUAGCAGGGCCGGACUUAACAAUUGUGGGGCCCUAUGUGAAACGGAUUUCGCAAGGCCAAGUUUGGAGAUCUUGUGUCUAUAGGACUUUUAGACUAUGGCCUGCCAAGAUUACUUUGUACCAUCAGAAGUGGCUAGAUUAAUUCUUGGAUAUCUAAGAGAGAGAAAUUUUCAUAAAUCAUUUAACACGUUUUUAAGAGAAUGUCCAGACCUUACUGAAUAUUGGCAGCUAUUAAGGGCGGGUAAAAAUCCAGCUACAACAAUUUUAGGAUAUGGGCUUACAGAAAUCCUGAACGAGUUUGCAAAGUGCAAAUUAAAUUCUCUCGCCUCAGUCUGUUGUACUCAACGAUAUGCUGCUAGUGUAUUGCCAACAGCCGUUCAUAACAAUGUACAGAUUGUUGAGGCUGACAUUCAGAAAUGCUUGGAAGAAGAACAAAGAGAAAAGUCAAAGAAAGAAAAGAAGAGAGUGUCUGAUCAGAAAAGGGAUUGGAAACGUUCAUCACAGAAUAGGCGGAAAAUCUACCAGCCAGAAAGAAGAGCAGAUAAUCCUAGUCUUCUACCACAGCAGAAUUCUUCUACUUCUACUGUGCCAGAUAAUCCCACUUUACUUCAAGAGAAUACACCUAUCAGCAGACCUGUAAUGAACAAUGAGAGGCUACAAAGUAGUUUUUCCACAAGUAUUCAGCACUGUCCAGGGGAUGAAAGUCUAGGGUUUUCUGUUGGAAAAGUCAUAAAUGAGGAAGCCAAAAAAUCUGAUGAGUUUGAGUUCCUAGAUAAACUUUUAGAAGAAACCCAACUCCACGAGAAGCUGGCUGAAAAUAUCAAUAAAGCUUUAUCUAAUGUUGAAGUUGAUAAUACAUCAAGUGCUUCUGUGGCUGCUGAUAUCACUUCUCACUUGAAUACAAACCAUAAAGAUCUAGAUAUCAAUCAAGUUAUUGCCAUGACAGAAUCUGAUCCAGCAUUUCAAAGUUUUCUGAAGUUGUUUCAACACGCUUCUGCUGUUCCAAUCAAUCACUUUGACAUUACAGACAUUGAAGGCACAGAUAAUAAUACAAGACACGCUCCUGAAGUCUCAGUUUUUACUAUAGAACAACUGCCUCAAGUCUCAGAUAUUACUACAGGACAUGCUCCUGAAAUCUCAUAUAUUACUACAGGGCCUGCUCCUGAAGUCUCAGAUAUUAUGACAAGACAGUCUACAAACUUUCCUAAUCAAAAAGUUUCAAAAGCGACAAGUUUCCCUCCAGUUACUUCAGCAUCCCCAAGCAUAGUUCAGAAUCAGCCUGUUACAGUUUUAACAACUAAACAUGGCUCUUCUGGUCUCUUUAAUGGAAAAGUGGAAAUUGAACUUAACACUAAAUUAUUGUCAUCAUUGCCAGACCCUAGUAUAAAUAGACAAGCUGAAGAAACAAUUAAUUGUUCUGAAAUUUCUAAUGACAAAGAUACAAAAGAUGUUACACUUGUAAAUGAAAAUUCCCUCAUUGAUGCCUCAAGAGAGUUAAAUAGUUCAACUUUAUGUGAAGUUGCUGAUACUGUACAUAAUGGAAAAGUGGAAAUUGAACUUAACACUAAAUUAUUGUCAUCAUUGCCAGACCCUAGUUUAAAUAGACAAGCUGAAGAAACAAUUAAUUGUCCUGAAAUUUCUAAUGACAAAGAUACAAAAGAUGUUACACUUGUAAAUGAAAAUUCCCUCAUUGAUGCCUCAAGAGAGUUAAAUAGUUCAACUUUAUGUGAAGUUGCUGAUACUGUACAUAUUGAAGAAGAAAACUUCCCAUCUAUAUCUAGUAGUCUAAAGAGAACUAAGGAGGCAACUACAAGUUAUAGUACACCACCAUGUGCUACAACUACAAGUAAUAGUGCACCACCAUGUGCUACAACUACAACUGAUUGUCCUGUCAGUGGAUCAAAAUCAUCUGAUGAUCAAGUUUUCUUAGACUCUAAAACCUUGAAUGCUACUACAGAAUCAAUGUUUACAUCUGCUGUUUCAAGUGAUAAUGACAAUCCAAGUUUGCAUGAAUGUAUAACUGGUCAGAUACAAAACAUUUCUUCAGACAGUGGCACUUGUGUAAGUGCUGGCCACAUACAAACCUUUGAACAAGGUAUAUCAUAUCCUGAUGCUGUGCUUGUGAAACCUGUAGGUAUUUUGAUAGACAAAUGUUUGUCAGAGCGUCUCUCUUUGUUCACAUCAAAUGAUGAUAUGGAUAAUGAAAGCAACCUGAAGAUAACUGUUAAUAACAGUAGUCAUUCACAUAGACCACGAAAAUCUAAAACUAAACCAGUCAAGAAAAAUCAAAUUCAGAAUAUUAAUACUUACAAGAAACAAGAAAACCAUGAAAGUGGUAGUACUGUCAACCCAACACCUCUAACAGAAGCUGAUUUGAACCCAUCAGCCCUAACAGAAGCUGGUUUAAACCCAGUAACCACAACAGAGAAUGAUAUCCACCCCUUAGCCACAACACAUCUUAAUGUCAAGCCCAUGACCUCAACAGAGAUUGAUAAUAAUGGUAUAGCCACUAUAGAGGUUGAUAUCAACCCCAUUGCCACAAUGCAUUCUGACAUCAAGCCUUUAACUACAAAAGUUCCUGAACUCAAGCCCUUGGAAGCAAUGCAGCCUGAUAAAGAAGUUAGUUGUGAUCAAAAUAAACAUGCAGGAACCAGAGUUGUAUUAAAUGGGCUAUUAUCUGAUGCUAGCAUUGCUGCCACCCAUUUUGUGACACUGAGCUCACCUCCAUUUUAUACUAUGCAAACCUCAGAUGACUAUUCUCCAAGGAAAUUGGCUGAGGGUGCUUUGAAGGAACCAAACAGUUCCAGUCUUCCAGCUUCACUAAAUUACAUAGACGCACCAGACAAUCAGUCUUCAGCAUUUACCCAAGUCAAAUGUUACAGUUUUGCCCACAGAGAGAGAGCUGCACACACCAGGAGAACUGUUAUAUCUGUCCACAGUGAACAUGUUCCAUUCACUCCUCAUCAUUGUAGAAAGCUCCCCAGUAGAAGAAUCAGACCCACUAAUUUAAAAUCAGUUCAUAUUCCAUCUUCAUUAGGCUUGUCUCUCACACCUAAUUUUCAUAUCAGAAAGACACCAAUGCAUUUAUCUACCCAAUCUGAAACCUUUGUGCAUAAUGAAAGUGGAAAAACAUUACAAGAAACCCAUUCUGAAACAUCAUUGCACAAAGAAUACACAAAAUUACCAGAAAACUUUUCAGCAUUCUCUGAAAUAUCAUUACAUCAAGAAUGCAAAAAAGCACCACUGGAUACCCAUUCUGAUAGAUCCUUUUUUAAUGUCAACAAACAGACAUGUAAUCAGACACUAUCUACUGAUCAAACUCUAUCAGAGAUAGCAUUACUCAAGGAAAAUAGAAAUAACAGAAAACUGACACAGUCUAGCACAUCAUUGUCAAAAGACUGCAGACAGACAUCUAAGCAAACCCAGUCUGCAAGAAAGUCUUCAGAUCUCAACAUUGCUGACUUAGAAGCUUUGGGAAUUAAGCUACCUCCAAGUCCAUCUAAAAGAAAGCCUAGAAGAAUUCAAACAAUUCAACUCACUUCUAGUUUUAAUCACACAUCCAAUAAGUCAAAUGAAGCUUCAAAAGUUGGCCAGAAUUCUCCCUCCUUGGAUGAUGCCAAGACAGUGACCAGCAGCUCAGAUUUCACUGCAUCUCAGUCUGAAAUAGAAGCCUUUCGGAUGCUUUCUCUGUUGACUUCAUCAUAUACCAAACCACAGCCUAGGCAGGAAAUAACAUCUACCAACCAUAUGCUGCACCAUGAUCAUGCUACAUUUCACCAAGAGGGAGUUAACAUUUAUACUGUAGCACAGAAAUGUAGCAAUGAUGGAGAAAAGCUUGAAAAAGAUAAAACAGAUAUUAUCUUCUGUUCUCGAAUAGCUGAGCCUUAUCAAGAAACAUCAACUGACACUAAUGCUAGUAAAUCAUUUGCUGUAGUUGGCUUGAUGGAGUACCCAACAUUGAGAUCUAAUGAAGACAAAUUGAAUAUUAAUUUUCAUAGUAUUACUGAGAAUAAACCAAAUAGUGACAAAAUUGAAGAGUUUCACCCAACAAAUGAUCUAGACAACGUGGUACAGAAUGAAAACAUUAAUUGUAAGCAACAGAAUGAAGCAAUUCACCAUAUUGCAGUUACUAAGGGAGAUGACAGAGGUCUUUCAAAGUGUCUGUCAGGAGCCCUGAGAAUAGCUCAUGAUCUGGACUGUAUUAAUCACUCACAAUCAGUUCAUUUAAAGGAUACAGAAAGCCAAAACUACUCACAGAAUUGGACGAGUCCAAAAAACAAUCAACAUGAAGACCUAACAUUAUUUCCAACUGUCCCAGAUGAACGAAGCUUGUUAUAUCAGGCCAUGACAGAAUGUCAAUUACCCACUGCUGAAAUCAGCAGUAUUACUGAACCAACUAUAGAAAAUCAUCAAACAGCUUUAUCUACAUCAUUGAAACAAGAUGCUCUUGUUUCCUGUAGAGAUAAACUUUCAAAUGAAAAUAUUCAAGUAGAGGGGAAAGGUGAAAAUAAACUGUCUACCAACAGAAAAAGUCAUACCUCUGAUAGAAAGAGUCGCUCUAGUGAUAAAAAGCUGUUGUCAAAGCUGUCUCCUGGCAGCCAUAAACCAGCCAAAAUUUUGCCUAAACUUUCUUCUACUACAGAGACAGAGAAAUUACUUUUAUUAAAUCAGGCAUUUAACUUUCCAGCUAUUCUACCAGCUCAACCAUCUCCAGCAUUGAGGUUAGAAAGUUCUGCCCUGACUUGCGCUAGCCCAAUCCAGGUGGUUGAAUCUAACAACAGAUCAGUUAUAACACUACCACCUGAAUACAGUGCACUCUUUCAGUCAUUGCUAGGGGAAGUUGGUAUUACUAAUCAAGGUAUCAGUAAUGCAUCACAGUCCUCAUUAGUGACUGGUUCACUAACUAAAGGACAGGGCUCUGGAAAGAAAUCUUCUAGAAGAAAAAAAAAUGAAAAACAUAUAAUUGCUGCUGACAAUACAUCUAUUAAUCCCAUUGAUUUGACUAUGUCUGUUCAAGCUAGUAGCAUAGUAACACAUACAGUCAAAAGUGAAACUGCAUCUAGGUCAAGUAAGAAAUCAUCUCGUAAAGAAAAUUUAAUAAAAAAUCAGACAGAAAUUGAUAAAAGCACUAAAGUGAGUACAAAUAAAGCUGCUAGUGUCAAUCAAAAGUCCAAAGUUGAUCAAAAAGAGCUAUUGUGUAAGAAAGAUGCUGUUGAAAAGAAAAGUAAAGAGAAAAUGUCCCAUGAAAACUCUGCAACUGAGUCAGUUCAGGAUGUGACAACUUCUUCUAUAGCUGAUGUUCAUCAACACUCUCAAGACAUUGUAAAAUCUGAUACAGAUGUCACUCUGCUGUCCAAACAUAAAAAUAAUUUCACUAAGUCUCUCAAUUCACCAACAAAGUAUCAACAUUCACCAGAAGGUAAUCUCACAAAAGCACAAGUUCAACCAAAUACCAUCAAAAAGAGAAAAAAGUCAUUAGAGAAAAACACAGAAAGUAACAAGAAACGAAGAACAGAACCAUUGUCCCCUCCCCUCAUUACACCAGCUGCAAACAAAGUCAGGAAUAAUGAACAUUCAGAGAUAAAAGCCAGUCAGGACAAGCACAAAAAUGUUUCAAGAAGAAGUAAAGAAAAAGCAACUGAGCAUAGACAUUCCCUUGAAACCAAACAUGAUCUAAAGAUCAAAGAUGAAUUGGACAAAGACAAACUCCACAGAAGGUCUAAGAAAUCACAACAUAUCACUAGGGAAGUAAUAUUGGACCAUGAUAAAUUAGAAAGUGAAAUAGUUUUGACAGAAAAAAAACAAGACAAGAAGAAAAAGAACAUCUCUCCUAGGAUAGAAAAUGUAAAUUUAAAGACACAAUCAUCUGAUCGAGGUAAUAAAAAACACCAGAAUUUCACGUCUCAUGAACAUGUGAAUUCAAAAAAUGUAAGCCUGGGUAAGGAUCUUUCAUCUAAAAAUUCACAUACAAACUCUCGAGAAGGAAAUGAAAAAUGUCAGCCUCAAGAAAAAGUUACAAUUAGUUCAGACUUUAAAGUACAUAAUCUGAGUGCUAAAGGAAAAGGUCCACUUGUCUAUGUUGGUACUUUCAAUAUGCCACAUUUACAACAAGUCUUUCAAACACAAGAAAAAUCUCAAGUGCCUCCUUCUCAAGGUGACACUAUAGUCCAACAUUCUGUAGAUAAGUGCAAGGUAAAUCUUUCACAAGACAAGCCCAAAGUUCAUUCUGCACAAGAUCAACCUAAAGUCCUAACUAAAAUCCUUCAUUCUGAAAAUAAACAAAUUGAGCCCCUAGUCCAUCAACAAGAUCAACUCAAAAUCCUUCAAGUCCAUCAGUCUCAAGAUAAACCCCAAGUCCUUGACUCAAAACAUCACCCUAAACCCCAACAUUCACAAAGUGAACCCAAAACAAAAAUCCUAGAAGAAAAAUGCAAUAACUUGUCUGAGAAAAUACAAAGCAAAGUAAGUCAGGCUAAGAAAGCAACUAAUCCUACUGAAAAUAAAAAGGAAAAUAAAAUUUCUGUCUCAGCAAGUUCUUCCAUUCUGAAAACUGAGAGUUGCACUGUAAGUACCAAUUAUAGAGUUGUUGAUAUGGCUAACUCUUCUCUACCACUGGGCAGUCAAACAAACCCACAAGAUUUGUUGACCUCAUGCAUUACUAUAACAUCCCCUGUAAAAAAACAUCUUCCACCCAAGAAAAGGUUGUCAAUGGAAACUUUUCAGAGCAAUAAAGAUUUGGAAGUUGAUUCACAUUCUGCUUGCCAAACUUUGGAUCUCUCUAAAUCAAUAGCAAGCAAUGCUCAGGCAUCAAAUGAUCAGCAGCAACUUACAGAUCUAUUAACUAGUGAAUUACCACAUAGACUUACACCAACACAAUCAGGCUUGAGUACAGACAUUACUAAUUUGAAAUCAAUAAGUCAGUUAAAAAUUGAUAAAGUUCUAAAAAAGCUUCACAAAAACAAAAAAAGAAAAUUGAAUGUUGUCAAGAACCCUGUGUAACACGGAUUGGAUUUCACUUGUGGAUCAACCAACUCUAUAAAUGUCUUUUCUCACAAGAUAUUGGACAGGGGACAAGACUUUAAAUGUGAUAUUUUGCAUUUUUUGUAAAAUAUGUUUUCUACUGUUUUAUAUUCUUCCUUUAUGUUUAUGAUGUUUAUUAAUGUCUGAAGUCAGUAAUUCUCACAUCUGAUUAGCUAACCAUUUAUGAAAUAAAAGCUUGUUAUAUAAUCUUGGAAGAACCUAAACUAAGCAUUGCAGAUCAUUAUGAAAGGAAAAUCUCUCAAGAUUUGUCUUCCUCCAAGCAAUGCUUCUGUCGUUGAUUUAAAUCUUUCAGUCCAAAUGUCACUCCAAUUGUUGAAACUUUAAAAGUCAUUAGUUUUAUUUUAUUUUCUUCCAAAUUGUUUUUAAUUGCUUAAAAUUAAAUCUUGUAUAGGUUCCCUAUGUAAAACAUCCAGAUUUUUCACCCUUUUAACAUGUAUUGACUGAGAAUGAAUUGUUUAAACAGGUUUUUUAAAUCCUCUAUUUUCCUUAGGUUGAUUUUUCUGAUGGCAGUGACAUAGUAAUCAACUCAAUUUAAUCAUUUUGUGUUUUCAAAUAUAAUUUUUUUUUUUCCAAAUUGGAACAUAGAAUAUUUCCUAAAUCUAGUCUAGAUUUAGAUCCACUAGAAGUUUUCAUUUUUAAUGUAUUAGAUUUUGUAUGCAUGUCAUAAAAAUUAAAUUUGUCUUAAAUUAAAAGGGCAUGCAUUUCUCUUUUUAAGUAAUAUCAUGGUCUGAUAGAUAUUUUUGUUAAGAAACCCUCUUCCUGCAAUUUAAUGAUGGACUGCAAAUGGUUAUACUAAAUUGAGCUAUGCUACAAAACAAAUAGUGAUUCUUAAUUAGUACCAUACAUUAAUUUUUUUUUUGUAAAUAGUGUAUUGAUAAAAGUUUAUCUAUCUUAGCAAAUAACUAAGUUGAUUAGAGUCUGACUUCAAAACCAUAGCCAUUGUUUUAGUUUUGUGUACAGUCUGAGAACCACUGCUUUAGGAUGUACAUAACUGGGCAUUACAUUUGCUGUUCAUGAAUGAAUGGAUUGUACAUUCAUAGGUAACAAUUGUUCUGAUGUCAAUACUGUUCUUUGCAUGUCACAUUGGCUUAAGAAGGCUUAAUUUGACAAUGUUUAUUAAAAUAGUUCUACAUCAACUCAAAAUGUAUGUUCAG